UAGGUAUUAGGACUGAGCGCCUGAUCCACUUUUGUUUAUAAUAAUGGCUGUGCUGUGGUACAGAAAUGAUUAAAAAAAAAAUAUCAUAGUGAUCUGUGGUUCUGUGAAAAUUCCUGUCAAAGAGUAUGAACAGCAUUCACUUAAUUUACGAAUGUAAUAAAAUUGUUUGAAAUAGCGUUUGAGAUUUGUGAAUUGUGUAUUCUAAAUAAUUUGAUCAAUUAAUAAAUAUAGUCGUGAUAAGUAUUAUUACUACGAUACGAUGGUAAAACGGUAAUUUGCGAUGUAGCCCUUGGUUUUUGUGGCUUUCUUAGUGGUUAGUUGAGGUUGAGGACUAGUGGAGGCUUAGUAGGUCGAUUAGGAUAGUAGGUCGUGUAGGUGUUCAAUCGAUAUGUGGCACGAGCAGGCUGUGUUAUGAAUGAGGAAGCUCUGUUGGCGCGGGCUUCCGAGGAGCGGGAGCGGAUCUUCCAGAGAUACGAGAGGGGGCGUGAGAACCUCGCUGGCCAGAUCGAUCCUUGGGAGGAUCCCGAGUUCGAAGAUUACCAUAAAACUGAUCGAUAUGGCUUCAUUCACGAUGAGCGACUCCCGCAUAAGACUGCACCACAAAAAAUUAAUGUGGAAGUUGAGAGGGAGAAGAAGUGGGUUAAGAUGCUUGGUUCUUGGGAUUCCCCCACCACAAAGGAAAAAAUACAUAGAAGAAUAUACAAAGGCAUUCCAAACUCUCUACGGAUAAAGAUAUGGUGUAAGCUUUUAAAUGUCAAUGGAGCGAAAUCUGAGACCCCAGGAAAAUACCACGAGAUGCUAAAGUUAGCCAAGCAGUGGUCUACAGAUGUUCGACAGAUUGAUUCUGAUGUGAACAGGCAAUUUCGUGAACAUCAGUUCUAUAGGGAGAGAUAUUCUGAGAAACAGUGCUCAUUGUUUAAUGUUCUGUGUGCUUACAGCAUGUACAACUCUGAAGUAGGGUAUUGUCAGGGCAUGUCAGGAUUAGCUGGUGUCUUACUUAUGUAUAUGGAUGAAGAAGAUGCAUUUUGGGCUCUUGUGAUACUUUUAUCAGAUAAGAAAUAUGCCAUGCAUGGACUAUAUGUUGAAGGAUUUCCUAAGUUGACACGAUUUUUGGAACAUCAUGAUAAGAUAUUGACAAAGUUCAUGCCAAAACUAAAACUUCACUUUGAUAAGUAUGGCCUUGAUGCUAUCCUCUACUCGCUUAAAUGGUUUUUCGUGUGUUUUGUUGAACGAGUGCCCUUCAGUUUAUGCUUAAGAGUGUGGGAUAUAUACCUGCUGGAUGGAGAGAGGGUGAUAACUGCUAUGGCCUACACGAUUCUUAAACUACACAAGAAAGCCAUUAUGAAGUUGAAUGAUAUGGAUCUAAUCGUUAAUUAUAUUCAGGUUAAACUGCACAAGGAUUUUGGUUAUGAAGAUGACAUUGUCAUUUAUCACUUGGAACGGUCUAUGGAAGAGCUGAAACGAGCAAAGCUUGAUUACCCGGGACCGCCACCAUCGACCGAGUUACCGCAACGACCUCUGGGUGUAUUUGUAGAACCAGACAAGAAAUCAAAAAUUGGUCAAAGAGCUGAAAAUUUUUCCGAAACUGAAAAACAAGCUAGAGCCACAGUGAUCUUACGAGAAGAGGAGAUUUUUGUUCCUAGUAACAAAUUAACAUAUAUAUCAAAACUAACUCUGAAGGACACCGAUAGUACAAGGCGUGAAAAGGCGGCACUUGACAUGCAGGAGUUGCGAGUCUCACAGAGCGAUACCGUUUCAGUGUUAUGUUCAGAUCACAGCGGUGUGGCCAGUGGAGUCCGAUGUGAGGACUCUGUUUCGGCGCUGGGUUCGAGGCGCUCGCUGGCCGACACGAGCGUCACAAGUACCGCCGACCUGAGCGUGUUCUCCAGCGGCCGCUCCCACGCGCCGGACAACUCGCUGGACACCCACAGCAACAUCAGCGACGACGGCACAGGGUCAGAUGGGUCGGGGAUUUGUGGUUUGAGUAUACAAAGGGCGCCGUCGACCGCACAUUCCACUCCGCGAGGCACGCCGCACCCUCCCUCCGUCUCGCCUCAGUCAGAGGACGUGGUGCGCAUCCACGUCACGUAUAACCCUCUGGCCGCUAGUCCCUCGCACUUGCAACCGGUUAGUCCAUCCAACUACAAGUCCUAUGCGGAGGAACACCACAAGCCUCUGUCACUGGGAUUCUACACGGGCAAUGGCGCUACCAACCUGUCCUCCGAUAACAGGAUCAGGAUACAGGUCUCGUCUGACGAGCUUCUGACUCCCGUUGUCGACUCCGGCCGCAUUAUAACUCAGCGCUAUAUUGAAUCUCACUCGGGAAUCUACGAUAUAAAGUAAAUUUUGAUCUGGUAUUAUUUUAUAGUUAGCCUUAAAAAGGUAAUAUUAUUUCGUAAACGUUCGUUUACUCUUGAGAUUCAUAUUAAAAUUACAAGAAAAAUGAUUUUUACAUACAUAAAUCCCGAAUGUUGUUUGCUAGGACAAAAGUCAAAAUUUAUUUUUUAUAAAAGUAAGUAUAUAAUAAUAAUUAAUAUUGUUUAAUGUUCUCUGGUUGCAGUGAUGCCAUAUUUUAGGUACAAUGGCGCUCAUUCCAUUAUUGCUUGUUUAGGUUACGAUAAUUCUUGAAGUAAUAAAGUUGGUAAUUGUUGAUAGAUUAAAAGUAAUUAUGUAACCAUAUCGUGUGUCUAGUUAAUAUCGUUAAUAUUUGUUUGUACAGUAAGAUCUCUAAAACAUUUUCGCUAAAAGUUCGCAGUAGUUCAUUCUAUCAAAAGUAUUGUGUAAAGGCGUAUGACGAAUGAUAUUUAUUAAUCUUGCUCAUUUUAAUGCUUUUUAAUUGUGAGUUCGGAAUCUCAAAUCGUUAACAGAAAUCUCAUUUUAGUAAAUAUUACUUUGAAUGCAAAGUCAAUUAAUAGGAUUGUAAUAAUCGUUUUACCGACAUAAAAACAUAUAAAUUUUAGCGUAUGACAAAAUAACGAAUAUUUGUAUUGUCUUUUCGUAUUUUAGUUUUUAUAAGAACCAUAAGGGUAGUUAUUUUUUCAUGACUGUAUUUUGUUCUAUUCUUAUUCCUAUUACAAAUGUGUGCAUUUGACAAGAGUUGUGUAUCCAAAACAAUUCGAAUCAUUGCAAUUGUAAAUUAGAGCGGUUACAUCCGAUACGCGUCCGUGAAAAUACGGAUAUAAAAAAACGGACAAAUCCAAGCUAUUUAGUUAACAUCUUUGACAUAUGUACGUCAUACGUCCGAUUUGAAUCCGAGACUAAUCCGAGGCUAAAACGGAUAACGGAGAGAAAUCGGAUGACGAAAGUCGGAGCUAGUGCGUAAGCUACCAUACCAAUAGUUCUAUCACUACUUCAGAACGUGUUUUCACGGACUCGGAUCGUAUAUAGUGUGUAAUCGCCUUUUAUGUAUAAGCCAUUAUCGAAAUGGCCACUAAAACGCACACAAGAUUCAAGUUUAAGAUUGUACAAGUUCACAUUUUAGUGUAGAUGAAAAUUUAAAAUUUGUUCCACUUAAUAAAAUAGUAAGUGAAAGUACAGUACAAUGUUAUAGAUCGCUUUUUCCGUGGUUCAGAUUUCUAAAUGUUCAGUAUUACCACGUAUAUAGGUUGCGUCGAUGUACCCGCGACCAUUGGCGGCGUUAGACCAAACGCGAACGUCAUCGCGAGCGACAACAGGGGCCCUACUACCAUCGCUUAAAGUAUAAUGUUUCAAUAUUGUUUCGACAUUUUCAUAUAAUCUUUGUAUGAAAAUGUAAAAACAAUAUUAAAACAUUAUUACUCUAAGGGGCGGUAGUAAGGCCCCAGGUUUGCGAACCCUUUUUCAUUUCCAAGUCAAAAAGAAAACGUUAAAUUGGAUGAGCUAAAUUAUACACUUCUUUUCUUUCUUUCUUCUCUCUGGGCUGGUUUCCGCACUUAAACGUUUCCGUCAAAAAAAUUAUAACAAAUUAUUGUUUGGCAAAAAAUUCAAAAAUUAGAUACCUUUCAGUAUUCAGCCUUUUAAUGCAAUAAACUCUUUUUAUUGGUCUUA